UAGAUCAGUCAUACUUUACUCAAAUUUCUUCAUAAACCCAUCAAUUUUUCUCGAAUCCCAUUUCAAUUCUGUUGAUUUCCCUCUAAAAUCUUCUUCCCCCAUCAUCUGUUAUGACUGAAACAUCCACCUUAAUUCGUAUUUCCUUUUUGCUAUCGAUAGCCCUAGACCUCCUCGUUUCCCCAAUCACAGCUUCAUCGUAUGAUCAUCGGUACAAUGUAGGAGACAAUGUACCUUUGUUUGCCAACAUAGUUGGCCCCUUGAACAAUCCCAGCGAAACCUACCAAUAUUAUGACCUGCCAUUCUGCACUCCAGGUCAAGUGAUCCCAAAGAAGGGAACACUGGGGGAAGCUUUAAAUGGGUUUAGAUUGAUCAAUACCUUAUACAACUUAAAGUUUCGCGAAGAUAAAGUUGGCGAAAUUCUGUGCGAUAAGAAGCUUAAACGAGAUGACGUUAAAAAGUUCAGAAACGCCAUCAGUAACGAUUUUUACUUCCAAAUGUACUAUGACGAUCUUCCAUUGUGGGGAUUUACCGGAAAAAUGGAAGAUGAGAGCUGGAUGGGUGAUGGGAAGGGACCCAAAUAUUAUGUUUUCAAACACGUCCAGUUUGACGCUCUUUAUAAUGACGAUAGAAUCAUAGAAAUACGUGCGUUUAGUGAUCCAAAUCAUGCUGUAGAUAUCACUGACGAAACUGAGGUCAACGUUAAGUUUACUUAUUCGGUUUCUUGGAAUGCAACUUCAAACGAGUUCAAGAACCGGAUGAACAAGUAUUCAAGGGCUUCGUUGUUGCCCACACAACGGCAAAUCCAUUGGUUUUCUUUCGUUAACGGUGUGGUUGUCAUCGUACUCCUUGUUGGACUGCUUACGAUGCUGUUUAUGCGUCAUCUGAAGAACGAUUUAAGAAAACAUAACGGAGACGAAGAGCAAGACAAGGAAGUGGGUUGGAAGUACGUUCACAGCGAUGUAUUCAGAUGCCCGCCACAAAUGGCGUUGUUUUGCGCUGUUUUGGGCACCGGGACACAGUUAUUGAUCAUGGUUUGCUUGUUAUUCGUUUUGGCAUUUUUCGGGGUCGUUUAUCCCUACAGUCGUGGGAUAAUCUCGACUUCUCUUGUGGUGUUCUUUAUUCUUACGGCUCCUGUUGCCGGAUACAGUGCUGCUUCGUUUUUUGGCAAAUUUUACGAGACCGGAUGGGAAAGAUGUGUUCUUUUAUCCGGGGUUCUCUUCGUUGGACCACUUUCCGUUAUCACGCUUCUUCUUAACACAAUUGCCAUAUCGAUUGGGGCUGCUACCGCACUUCCGUUUGGCACUUUAGUCGUGAUCGUACUUGCAUACACUUUAGUUGCCAUUCCGCUUCUUGGGUUUGGUGGGGUAAUGGGAUAUCGUUUUAGAUCCAAGUUUCAAGCACCUUCGGCUACGAAGAUAUCCCCGAGGGAGAUUCCGCUGCUGGCAUGGCACAGAAAGACUCUUGGUCAAAUGUUCAUCUCGGGUCUUUUACCGUUCAGCGCAAUUGUUCUCGAGUUGCAUAAUGUGUAUGCAACGAUUUGGAGCUAUAAAAUCUUGACUCUCCCUGGCGUCUUGUUUAUAACGCUCGUCCUUCUCGUCUUAAUUACGUCGUUGUUGAGUGUCGGUUUGACGUACAUCCAGCUGACUGUAGAAGAUCAUCGGUGGUGGUGGAGAUGCGUGUGGCGUGGGGGUGCGGUUGCCAUCUUUAUGUUCGGGUAUUGUAUCUACUACUACCAUUCAAGAUCAAACAUGACGGGAUUGAUGCAAUCAUCGUUCUAUUUCGGCUACAAUUUUCUAUUUUGCUAUGCCUUCUUCUUGAUGCUCGCUACAAUCAGUUUCCGUUCAUCUUGGAUCUUUGUGCAGCAUAUCUACGAUGCCGUGAAAAGCGAAUGAACGUCUUCAUCUAAAUGGCCUCUAUUUCGACCCACAUGAGCCGGACGUUUUCUAUAUGAUCUUCCCUUAAAUUUUGUAAAAGUUAGGCCAUGGGAUGUUGCAUAUAUACACACCUUACAUGUAUGGGAUUAUAAUCUAAUGAGCUGCUGAGAAUUUUAAA